AUGAAGACCAUUCCCAGUCUUGUUGCUUCAAGUACCGUCGGUGUCGCAGCUGCUGGCCUGGCAUUGGGAAGUCCAGACCAGUCGACUCCCCCUUCUCGCACACUUUCGAAAAGAAGGAAACCUGGAGAUAUCAUUACAGAUGUCGACAAUUCUUUUAACCUAGGUACACCGUCUAUCGUCUCACGACCCCCUACGAGUUCUACCAUGGCCACUCCAGAAAGUCGCAAUCCUUCUGCACCGAGUUCUUCAUCUGCCCCUGGCUCCCAAACGUUAACAACAUUCCUUCGACGUUCCUCGAAUGCUAAACUCGAUUCUCCCACUUCAUCACAAAACGGCGCGGCGCGAAGAUGGUCACUGCUUCGAUCGGGUGAAGGACAAAACGAUAUUUCGGGGGAGGAAGUGGUUAGGGAUUCUUCAUCAUCUCGCAGUUCCUGGAUUCGGAAAUUAUCUAUACCAGUAUCGGGAAGUAGCAGCCCUAGAUCAAGUAUCGCACCAGAAUCGCCUUCUCUCGCGCUCUCCCAUGGCUCCGCGACACCCAUAUUGUCAUCCCCUCGGGAUAGUCCCACGCAAUUACCUCCGAACAAACUGGUCAAGAGGCACUCGUCGCAGAGAUAUCGUAGGGAACCAGACUCGAGUGGAUCAAGAGCGCAGGUACCGACCUUACGGAGACCAGCUACCAGUCAUCAACGUUCGGCUACGCUGCAGCAACGAUUCAUCGAUGAUUCUCCAGGUACGAAAACGCAAGCGCGUCCCACUGCCCCAAGGCGGUCAACGGUAUCCACACAUGCUACACCCUUGAGGAAAUCUAGUGAAUCACCUCGCAGCUCCUGGCGUAUGUAUUUCAACUCCCGACCAACCAGGUUUUUCAAAGAAAGAUCCGCCGGAAGAUCAGGAGAUGGGAAUGUGCAUAAUUUUUUCUGGACCUCAAAGCGGGUGAUGCCAGAUCAUACCGUUCGACCGACUUUGGUCAAACCAUAUUUAAUCACUGUUUCGACUGAAGAAAUGGAAGGGUAUUACGACGAAGGAGGGCUUCUCUGUGACGGACCAAUUGACCAAAAUACGAUGGAAGACAUCCCUAGCUCGCCUAUGGAUGAAGAUGAUUCAGAAGAUCAGAAGCCUUUAAGGCGGUCACUUUCUAUGCACUUCAAUUCACCGACCACAUGGAUACCUCGGACAGGAAGCUUAAGGAAUAAAAAACGGAAUUCAGAUUCUACGCAGGGUGCCAGGCGUCAUGUCUCUGCACCUCUACCACUGGAUACAAGAAGAAUAUCGAUUUCUGCAAGUGGGCCUGCCCCACAUCACUCUCGACCAUUCAUGGAUCAAUUGGUAUUCCAGAGAGAGCCUCGCUCUCCUACCGAAGACUUCUCCCCGGUGUCACCAACAGAUCCCUUUGCCCAUUUCAAUUACGCUCCCCGAAGGAAUACAUCAUCGCCAUUACCGCCUCUCAACCGACUAUCAUCUUUCAACCUCGAUUUAGCUCGAUUGGGCUUGUCGUCCUCGUCGUCGUCGGCCCCUCUUCGAAGUCCCAGUUCACCUCUGCCAAUGUCUAGUACUGCUGCGACUUCUUUCUCUUCUACAAUUCCUGGAUCAACAAAUGGUUCAUCGUCAUAUCAUACUGCAUUGAGUUCGAAACAUGGCUUGUCGGAAGUGGGAGACAGAACUUCGACUUUGAUUGGUUCAGAUAACGAGAUGAGAGGAUUUGCAUCUGGUGAAGAUGAAGAUUUGGAUUUUCAAAGUGAAACCGUGUACGAUUCACUGAGGUCAGGGGCCACAAGUAGUCUACGAUCACAAAAUACGCCCCUUGACUCGAUGUUUGACGAGUCCCCUCCAAAUAUCACAAACGCCAACGGACAUGCAAAGGCUAAGAGGCUUUCAAUUCACGAUCUAAUGGCGAAUGGCGCCUUUGGUGAAAUUGAACAUCGUAUUAUUGAGGAGGAUGAAGGUCAAUCAACCCCAAUAAAGCUUCUCAACACUUCUUCCGAAGUCGCCAAAUCGACUUAUGCUAUAGAUGCAGAAGAAAUUGUUCCAUCUUCGCCUCCAAGCUUUUGUAUUGCUUCAAAAGAUUUCGCUACACUGAACUUGGAUAACGAUGAAGAAGACGAAGACUGGACUCGAGAUGAAGAGAACGAAAAUAUGGAAGCGGGAAACCAACUGUCACCGCCAAAUAGCUUGUCCUGUCGUCGGGUCAGUCCAAUAAAUAGAGGAGCCCUUGCAGAUGUUACCCUGAGUGGUUCCACAAACGGUAAUCAUUAUGCUGAACGACCCAAGAGUAAUUUAUUUGAUUGGUCCGAACCAUCGACAUCGGAGAAAGAUCUGCUUGGGAGUUCCGCUCGACCUAGGACAGCACAUGUUAAGCAACUCGCCUUGAAUGGACGAGGUGGGCGAACUGUCGGACGAAAAGGGCCCACCCCAUUGCAUAUCCGAAGUCAAAGUGUUCCUUUAGUUCCCGAUCUCAUUAACCAGCGUGAUCCCACAAAGCUGACACCAAAAUUUGGCACUUGGGGUUUGGGCGCAAAAGGCGUAAGUGAGGACUGGGAUAACGAUUUCGAAUUCGAGUCAAACGAUGAAGCUGGACUUGAUGAUGGCAAUCUCAAGAUCGAGACUGGUGUAAUGUUUGUCCCUCUCGCAAUUCAAGCCAGCCAAGCAAACGUCGUUGGCCAUGUUGGACAGAUACGAGAAGUGUGCUUGCUGGUCGAAGAUCUUAAGAGGUUGCGUCUUUUGGCUCGGGAAAAGGACUUGAUACAUGGACCUUCAGCACAAUUAUGGAAGGAAGCCGAAGGCAUUAUUGCUUUAGCUGUGCCAGAUGAAGAAGAUCCUACUCUAUCGCCCCCUCAGUCUCCUACAUCUAUUUCUUUUGAUCAGGACUUUGGUGAUCAGUUUAUCGAUCGUGGCCAUGAUGCUGAAGACGUCGCUAUUCCAGAUGUUCCGAUGGAGGUCUUGGAUCGUUUUGGGAAACCCUCGGGGUAUGUAUAUGAUGGUAAUAGUGUUCGACGACGUUCAGUAUUCUCGCCUGAAGAUGAUAUCUUUGGAGCUGGAGCUGUCAUUCAUAACCCUCCUACCAGAGAUAGUCUACGUCCUCCCGCAGUUCCUGUCCGUUCUUCGAGUGCGAAAACUGCAGCUGAAGUUGCUCGUACAGUCAUGGAAACCAUGCAUCAACACCGUUCUACUUCAGAUCCUUGGUUGUCAGAAGUGGUUGAGCAAUCUCCAAACAAAAUGCCAUUCGACACGACCAGUCUCCGCGACUUAGUCCAUCGUGCUUCUGUUUUGAGUCGGAAAUUGGCCGACAUCAUCCGUGAAACUGAUGGUACUAUUCAAAGUCCGGUUUGUACACCUCAUCGCGAGUCAAGCCCGGCAUUCACUCGCGUUUUCACUGACCCAAUGUCAUCACCUGCUUCAAAACGCCUUCCCCGAAGUCAUAGCAGCAACUCUAUGCUCAGUGGCUCAAUGAAUUCCUCACCAACAAGAAGCUUGGGCCAAAGAAUGCACAUGAUGACUGUUGUAUAA